GGCAUUAUGUUUCUUGGUCAAAUUCAGUCAAAAUGCGAAGAACCAUUUUGUUCCUCUCCGUCUUUAAUGCGCUGCUUGCUUUCCUCUCCGAGCGAAACCCUAGGAUAUCCGGAGGUGGUAGUUCCGAUGGCGGAGGAGGCAGAUUCGCUGGCGGUUACGGAGGAGGAGAAGCCCGUCAGAGAUGGAGCUGACGGCGGAGCUUCGGAUGCUGAGAAACCCGCGAGCGCUGAUCUCGCGCCGGCGGAAGCGCCGACAGGAGGAGGCUCUAGAGCCGAGACGAAGGCCGUCGCAGAAGGGAGGUCGUUUUCGCAGCUUCUGGCGGGUGCCAUGGCUUCGCCAACAGGGAGCUCCCGUUCGCCGACGAUCCUGACCGUCCCUGUGGUUGCCGUCCCUUGCUUGUUGACCCCUGCCUCGUUGAUCGAGUCACCUACGUUCCCGGGACAAUUUGCAAUGACCCAUCAAGCAGUAUUGGCAGCAGUCACAGCUCAGGCACAAAUGCAAAUGCAAAUUGCUUAUCCUUCUCCAUCAGAAGCAAAAACAAAUUCAUUCCCACUACCUAUUUCUCCAACUGUCAGCCCUAUGCCACUGCAACAAAUAUCCCCAGCAUCUGAGACACACACAGAUGAUAUUUACCACUGGCGGAAGUAUGGCCAGAAGCAAGUGAAGAACACUCGUAAUUCUCGAAGUUAUUACAGAUGUGCAGCCUCCAAUUGUGCGGCCAAGAAAAAAGUUGAACGCAGUCUAGAUGGAAAGAUUAAUGAAGUAAUCUACAGAGGCAAACAUAAUCAUAAUCCUCCUCAAAGGUAUCGUUACACAAGGGAUAAAGGAUCUCAGUCUGGGGGACCUUCUGGGGAGAAUGAAACUUUAGAUCAUCCGAGCAAUGAACCAAAUGAAUCAGAUCCUUCAACAUGUAAGACUGUAGUCCUUUCAGGCAAUGACCCUCUUGAGCAACGCUUGUACUGCUCAAGUGACUGUGAAAAAGAUAUUGGCAACACAACCAAGAAAGGCCUUGCUGAGGAACCAGAUCGAAAACAAAGGCUAACUGAAAGUUGUAAAAGUCCUUCAACCCCUGUGCCUAAAACAGUUAGGGAAUAUAUUGUACAGACUGAAAUUGAUGCUAGACACUUAAGCGAUGGCUAUAGAUGGAGGAAAUAUGGACAAAAAAUGGUGAAGGGCAAUUCUAAUCCUAGGAGUUACUAUAGGUGCACCCAUGAUGGGUGUACUGUUCGUAAGCAUGUCGAGAGGUCAUCCCAUGAUGCAAAAGCUCUUCUUAUCACUUAUGAGGGUAAGCACAAUCAUGACCAGCCAACUCCCAAAUAUGCCAGUGAUCAACAAACUGCUGAGGGUACUGCAUCUGGUACCACUAAGGAAGUUGUUACAUCUAGUUCACAGAUGAACUCCUCCAGCCUAGCUACCGAAGUCAAAGAAUUAUCUGGCGAGAAAACAUUAGAAUUUGGAGCUGACAAGGCACUAGAAUCUGCUGAGUCUCUCACAAGCACAAAGGACGCCAAUGGAAGGACGAACUCUGAUGGUGUGGUAACCCCUCUUAUUGACAAAAAGGCAACAGAAGUUUCAGUAGAAAACACAUGAAUUGACUUGUUUGUCAGUUUUCGGUAUGUGUUGUAGUCCAUUUAUCUUGUGACAGAUCGAUUGUUGUAUUCGCAUCUGUAUAGUCUUUACUGGUGUAACUGGUGCGGGUUCACAAACAGCUCAAUAUAGUAGCCUUGUUUUAAAAGGAUAAUUACUAAUCUCAGAAUCACAGGAGUCUGUGUCUUGAAAAAUCAUAAACUUAUCCUCCACCUAAAACAAUAGUAGUCUGAGUGACACAUUUGAUCCCUCUGAUUACGCAGAAGUAAUUUCUACAGGGGGACCAAUGUGUGGCUUUGUUCAUUUUUGGAAGUCAAAAUUUUGCCUCAAAUUUUCAUGGCAAAGGAUGUUUAUGGAGAAUGUUGACAUGAAAGCUUUUUUUUUGUGUAAUAUGCUACUUGAAAAAUAAUGAGAUCAUCUGCAGUUUGUUUAUUG